GGGACCACCGAUGCAGACCCUACGGAAAAAAAACAGUCCGUGCAAGUUCAAAAAUGACCCAACCCGCUUUCUUGGGGAGGGUGUGUCAUUCAAGGCGAAGCUGAUCGGUAUCCUGGAGGUGUCAGAAGCACGCGGCGACCGGAUGUGCCAGGCGGCCUUGGCUGACCUGAAGAUGGCGAUUCGCGCCGCGGGGGAGCACAAGCAACGAAUCGCCGUUCAGGUCAGCAUAGACGGGCUUCGUUUGAGGGACGAGAAGACGGGGGAUUGCCUGUAUCAUCACCCGGUGCACAAAAUAUCGUUCAUAGCUCAGGAUAUGAGCGAUUCGCGAGCUUUCGGUUACAUUUUCGGCUCUCCCGACACCGGGCACCGGUUUUUCGGCAUUAAGACUGACAAGGCAGCGAGUCAGGUGGUGAUAGCGAUGCGCGACUUGUUUCAAGUAGUGUUCGAGCUGAAGAAGAAGGAGAUCGAGCUGGCGAAGCAACACAUAGAGCAGAAUGCCAUUAACGCGAUUAAAUUCCACACCGGCGGCAUCUUCGUCGAGCCGGCGCCCGACACCAAGGGCGCAGCGGGCACGGAGUCCUCGUUUCAUCGAAUUCGUACGAACAACUGCGAGAUCGAGAAGUCCGCCGAUCGCAAAAACGAGUCGCAAAGCGGCGUGAUUGCGGAUUUGCUGGAUCUGCAGUUCGAACUGAACUCGCUGCAGCAGGGCAUCCAUCAGAUGGACAAAAUUACGCCGGAAAAUCCUGUGCCGUCUACCGACGAUCUGUUCGAGACCGAUCCUUUCGGUGAUUCAUUCGCGAACAUGAAGCUUCAAGAGACAGUUCGUCCGAUCUUGCCACCGCCCCCUUCCUCGGCGAAGAGAGGGCACCUGGAGCGACAGCACACCGUGCCGGCACCGCCAGCGUCGGCUACUUCCAGCCCGGCGACGACGUUAGUUAGCAAAACGCCACCUCCGCAGAGCACGAUUCACUGGUUCGACAAGGAGACCGAAAACCUUUUCAACGACAACGAGCUCGCGGGCCUGACUAAGAGUUCGACGACGCCGAAGAAGGAGCAGGAGGACAGUUCAGCGGAGACUACGCCGCGCAAUAAUCAGACGAAGAGCCCACAGAUCGACGUGUUUACGGAGCUCGAUCCCCUCGGAACCGGCUUGAUUAGGCCCUACGUGGACAAGAAAGAUUUCUUUCAAAACCUGAAGAAUCCACCGAAGAAAGUCCUGAAGGACCUGGUGUCCACGAGUUCCAGCGACAGUUUCCCAACCAACUUCAACAUCACCACCACGACCAGCUGCCUGGACUCGACGAAGAAUGAGCCGUGCACGAAGGACAGCGAGGAGAGCAACUUCGCCAACUUCGACCGAUUCGACGAGAACGAGGCGAGAAGUCAGACCUCGUCGGAGAAGAGGGUCGAGUCGCCGCCGAAGAAGGAGAUCGUCACGAGGUCGACGCAUCAUCAGCCGCUCUCGGUGUCUCUUCCGCCGGAGGAGACGCCGUUACCCAAAAGCGCCGCCACUACCACCGUUACGUCCACUAACGCUUCGGGAAGCUCGAUUGUGCGAAGCAUGGAGAGGGACUCGACGGAAUCGACGCACGCGUUGGUGAAGCUGCCCAGCCCGAAGAAGUACCUGCAGUCCGUGCGGAAGCGAGAAUUCGACAUCGAUCUGCCAGCCGGCAAGACGAUGGACAGCAAGCCGUUCCCGGUGGACUUCUCGGCGACCAACGAGUCUCCGGCGUCGCCGCUGAGGUCUUGCUCGUCGGACGCGAACUCGCGACUCUCCAGCUCGAGCGCGGAGUUAGAUCUGGCGCCGGAGCCGCCGCCCAGAGACGCAGGUGGUAUCAUGAUCAAUCCGCCGCCGUUACCGCCGAAGAAGCAAGGUGCCAGGGGAGGAAUGAGACCGCCACCUAGACCUCCGCACGGCGGUGGGACACACUUUCACUACGACUUCCCGGAGCGCGAGGCCUCGCCGUCACCCACGAGGAUCAUCGCCGACAGGAACAAGAGUCCGCCGAGGGAGCUGAAGAGCCAGUUCGACGACAACUUCAGCCCGCCUCCGCAGAUGCCCACUCGAUCGGAUUUUAUCAGCACGAUGACCACCUCGGCCUUCGAGGACUCCUUUAGCUCGAUGAUACCGACCGCGUCGUUGUCUUCGCUUUUCACCGGUAGCACCGCCGCGCCGGUAGAAUCGAAGAAGACUAAGCCGUCGCUCGAUAUCACUCUCAGUCAGUUGACGUCGUCGAAUUUGGACGACUUGGCUUCCAGUCUCGAAAUGACUGUUCUGCAGCUGACGAGUUUGACCUUGCAGCAGCUCACUGAGUGCCUGGCGAAUUUGACGGCGAAGGAGGUGGCUACUGGAGACACGGAAGAAAGUGUCACGCCGCAAUCGACGACGAGUACGACGAAAGAGCAAACGGUCCCAGUUAAGCCCGUGAUGUCGAAGCCGCUGGAGACGACGUCUUUUCUGUCUUCGGAGCCCUUCAAGCCUGGUUGCGAGUCGGAGCCGAAGCAAGACGCCACGUACGACAAAUACGCGGUCUUCCGAGAGCUGCUGGAGAUGGAGCAGAUGGAGCAGCGGAACGAGGAGGCUAUGAUGGAAGAGACGGAGGAGGAAUCGAACGAAGGGCGAGCUUCUUCCGACGAAGUGGAGGUCCAGCCGGAAAUGCGGGCAGUCGAGAGCACUUCGGACUCCAUAGCUUCUUUGGUGAAUCUGACCGUGAAGUUACCGCCCAAGAGCGAAGAUCUCUUAAAGGAAGAACCCGUGGGAAGACUCGUCGACGAUACGAGCGGCUCUUUCGUAGAUUCGAUGGUGGAGAAAGAAAAGCCGGCGGAAGACAAAGACGCGGAAAGGGAGAACGAAGCGAUGGCGGAGGUGGACGUGACGUCCGACUCUUCCACGGUCCAACAAACGGAGAUAGACGUCGAGGACGACACAGAGAAGACGCAGACGAUCAUGGACGUGGAGGAGAAGGCGGAGAACUCGGAGAAAGGCAGCGACGCUAACGACACGUCCGACAAAGUAGGCUCAGACAUCCUCAACGAAGAGACGAACGGCUCCUCCGUGGCUGAGAGGUCCUCCGAGGUGAAGUCUUCGGCGUCGACGUCGAGCGACAGGUACGCCGCCCUGCGGGAGAUCAUCGGUGAGCCGGAACCGCCGAUGAAGAAAGACGACGAGGAAAUGAUGAGCUCCGCUCGAGCGUCGCCGGUGAUACUCCCGCAAUCGACUCAGCCGAAGAGCUUGGCCGAGGUGGAGUUGUUGAAUCUGUUCUCGGAUAACCUGCCGCCGCCGUCGAGUCCGAACAUAUCAGUGAAGAAGGACGACGACCUGAAGACCGUGGCGAUGGACAUCUUCGAGGAGAUCAAAAUGUUGAAUACCGGCACGCAUCGCGCCAAGGACACCAAGCCGUCUACGUCGUCGGGCUUCGAGGAUGUGUUCUGUCCGUUCACGGAGACGUCGUCGAGGCCGGACGACAAAGAAGACGGUAACUGGGCCAAGUUCGACACGAGCAUCUUCGGCUCGGACAGGUCGUCCUGCGAAGGACAACGGUCGAUAGGCGGUACUUCGCCGUGGUCACCCGACGGUAAGGAUUUCCACCGGGAAGUGCCGUUCAAAGGCAGCAGCGGAUAUCGACACUCCGGUGACAGCGACAACGAAUGGAAAGACGAAGAGGAGAGCGAGGAGAGCAACGGUAGGGUGCGUGGGGACGGCAGGUUCUGGUCCGGCUCGCGACAUCCGCGUUUCGACGCGCCGGGUUUCGAGGAGAGGUCGUUCUACGAGGAGGGCGAUAAGCGCGAUCGCAGCUUCCGCGAGAGGAUGGGCAGGAAGUCGCGGGCGGCACCCUGGACGAAAAGCACUGGCCACCGACCGCGCGAUCCUUCGCCUUGGCAUGAGGAGGGUCAAUGGGAAGACGAGCCGAGGCGGUAUCCGCACAGGAAAGUGCCCUACAAGGACGAUGAGGAUCAGUAUGAGGCGCACUGGAAAUGCAGACCGAAGCCGCAGGGUCGUUGCAACUGGAGCCAUGACGUUCACGGCUCCUACUACGACGAUGAGCGCAAACGGAAGCUGAUGCUGUGGAACGAGGAGCUGGAACGUUUCGGUAGUCAAGAGAGCAUGGGUUACGACGAGGAGGACAGAUGGAGCAGGAGGAGGUACGACAGGCGAAGGUGGGAGGAGGACCCUAGAUUCUGGGCGAGAAGAGGCCCGCCCGACGCUGAUUACCCGAUGAGAGACGCGUACUACUAUUACCGCGACAGACCUCACGACUACCCGUCCACUUGGGACGAAGAGUAUGGUCCGGAGCGUCCAGGGGACGACUCGCCUAGGUAUAAUCCGGCAGGCAGGAAGAGGCACUGGCCGAAGAGACCUAAUAGCGCAAACGAGGGUCGCAAUUCCGACAUGGUGUACGCGGACCCGCGUAAAUUCGGCGCUUCCAGGUCCGAGUGCAGCGACAACGAUUCGGACCCGUAUCUGGGCCUGCGAUCCUCCCAACGCUCCCGAAGCCGCGAGAGUUACUGGGGUAGCGAUCAGGAAUACGACAGUUGGGUGGAACGGCCGUACUGGUCGGAGGGUCCCGAUUCUAAGAGCGAAACGUUCCAUCGCAAGAGGAUAGCGAGGCACAAAACGCGACCGAGCCAAAAGACACAGAGCCCGUUCGAGGACGACUUCGCGCAGAGCGUGGAGCACGUGGAGCCGGCAGCGGCCGGUCCGGUCGAGCCCUUGGCACCGGUAGAUACGCGUAUACGAGCGGAGGUCGCCGAUCAGAAGCGAGAACCACCACCACCCAGUCCUUCGUCCGGCAUCAGAUGUCCGAAGGAUCAUCCCAGGAGAGAUAUCAGCAGGGAGUAUAGCAAGCGGUCGAGCUACUUCGAGGACGAUCUCACGCCGACGGCGAGCGCCUCAAGCGACGCCUCCGACAGGCAGAGGCUGUCCGCCGACCUGAAAGCCACACCGGAGGAGUUGCCGAGCGACACGAAGGAGCCGCAGCAGCCGAUCGACGGCUUCGUCUCCGAAGACAGCGGCCGCGACUCCUUCUUCAACGGCGACCUGAGGUUCGACGACGACGCCUUCGUCUUCAAAUCCGAGCUGGAGGACAACGUGCCGGACCAUCGUGCCACCACGUUGCCCUUGAAAAAUUCUAGGCAGAAGUACGGACCGGGGAACAAUAAUAACAAUAACAAGGCGAGCAGGAGCGACCAGUACAUCAGGAAGUCGGAAUCGGUCAACAUUUUUGCACGCGAGAGCGACCCGUUCGACGGCGACGAUUUCUUCAACUGAUUCCCCGAGCCAUGACGGCGACGAGCGACGGAAGGGAGGGAAACCCCGCGCUGAGCGCUCGGUGACGCUCCACUGGGACGUUUCCGUCGCGCGCCCGGGAUACGUCGGCGGAUCGUGAAGGAACGGUGAAGCCUCGCUACGGCAAUACUUCGUUCUCGUCGAACCCAGCUAGAGCAAUUUUAACGUAGCGAAAUUGACGCGUCGCGUGAGUGCUUGCGUGCGCUGCUCGCACGUCCUCGGAAGUAUUGUUAAUAGUGAACUUUCGCCGCGCUUGUCUCACACCAUGAAACUCAUUCUUCUGGAGAUCUGUUCUGGUCCGUCGAUUUGAUAUUAUUACGAGAUUUCGUUGUAAAACUUUAUGCUCCGGAUUCGUUUAGGACAUCCACGCGUUUCGCCCGGAAGUAGGAUCGUUUCAGUCGCGAGAAAAGAGCCGAGAAUGUCAGUUUCAAGAUCUGUCGUUGAAGGUCGACGAUCGUUCAAAUCAUUCCGUUCGAGAUUACCGACUAUAUGAGAUUAAUCCGACAUACACAACCGUUUCCGAAGGAACUAGUCACUGUUUUAACGAAUUUGUAUAUAAUAUAGUUGAUGUUAGGAUCUCUCUCUCUCUCUCCCCCUCCUCUCUCUCUUUUUCUCUAUCUCUCUGUAUGCAAAGAGAUUCUACAUAAUUUCCUACAGUUGCGUGAUUGUUAAUUGUCAUUUAAUUUGACAGGAUCAUGUCGUAACGCAACAACGAUACGGUUGCUUCGUCGUCACGGCAAGCGUCAGAAUGCGGUUCAAUUGUAACCGUCUGAACGAACGACUCUAGUCACGUGCGCAACCGUUGCGUUGGGAGCUUUGCGAGAAAGGUCAAGCUAUCGCAACUAAUAGCGCGCGUAUUGGGGAAAUCAAAACAUGAUUUUUAUACAUUUUUAACUAGCACGGAUCGAUUAUAUACUUUUUGCAUUAGGCAUUCGCAUCGACGACGAUGUGUAUUCUUCUGCAAGCUCCCCUUCGAUUCGUCGUUCGGUUACGCUACCGAGAAAUCGCUCUCGCGCACGAGAGAGACCUCGAGAAAGAUAGAAUUACGUUCACACGCAUGACUGUUAUGUUGCGUUCGUCGUAUUUUAGCGUCUAGUCGACCAAACUGGCGCGAGUACGAAGCAUUUUUAUGCGAAUAAGGCCGGAUUGGAGAGAAAAGCUCAUCCGAGAAAUCGUAUCUCACACGAUACGACGGUUGGUCGAUAUACAAUGUUGCAAUGUCGUUUGCUAUUUCCGGAAAACGUAUUCUUUGUGGCUUGAAUGUAUGUUACUCCCUGUUCUCUGAGAUCACGAAUGAAGAUUGCCUGUUGUAGUAAGUGUAAAACAGGAUAUACGUGAGCGUACGUAUCGGUUUUUCGUACGACGUACACACGUUUCAAGUUAUAAAGAUCCAAGUCGCUCUGCAAUUUUUCCAAUCCAAUCCGGAUUUACACGCAGGACGCGCCGUUUGCCAAGGUUUAUUGCAAUUCCUCGCUCCUCUAUUCGCAUGAUUUCAAUCGACGAGUAUUUUACACUAGUCACCGAACAAUUACUCAGCGAUCACGCCGACAUUUUACACUGUGUAUUGUAUUUAUGUAAUAAUAGUGGUAAAUUAUUUAUCAUCGUUUAAUGAUUACCCGACACUGUAAUUGCGAUUACGCGUCAAAAUGAUAACGACAAUACCGCUUCAAUACGGCAAUUCGAUUCCCCUUGUCCCAAAAUCCGUGGAAUUUGUUAAUACGGCAGACGAUCAAUUAUAUAUAUAUACAUAUAAUCGUGCAAAUCCAAACCACGCUGUUUUUACAUGCGACUUUUUGAGAGAUCGUGUAGAUACUUUUACUGCGAGUCUGCGAUGGUCGACGACGGAAAGAAAUCGUAGCGGAGAUUGUAUAAAAUAAAAAUGAAAACAAGAAAAAGAGAGCGUGUCGGCGACACGUGGCGUGUCUUCGGCAAACUGAAUGAUAAUUACGAAAACAAUAAUUUGACGAUUUUAAGGCUUUUCAACGCUCUGUGUACACUCGAAAGCUUUCCUGUCGAGAAUCGCUCUCCGAAAACGAUAAAUAAUCGAGCCUAAAAGACCGUAUUAGUCUCUCUGUGUCACAUUAAUGGUAUGAAUGCAAAUGAUAAACUUACACCUCGUGUCUCAAAGGAGAAUUCAUUAGAACGAAAUUUGAUUUGAUUUGCUUUGCAAGAAGUGACUCUCUUCUGACGGCAAGCGGAUAAGAUCGAUGUAUGUGACGAUUACUUUCACGACGAUUAAGGAUAUAUGUUCCUUUUCUUUUUCUGGAAUUUCAUUUAAGUACCCAACUAUGAUACAAUAAAUCUUUGCCAUACGUGAAA